AUACAAAAACUCACGAAUUUUCUCUCUCCUCCUCGAGCUUCAGAUAGAUAGGCAAAGUGAGCAUUUUGGAGACAGAAAAACCCUCAAAUCCAAACUCACAGAGAGGGAGGGAGAGAGAGAGAGAGAGAGAUAGAGAUUUGAGUUAGCGUUUAGGGGAAUUACGGAUGGAAGCAAAAGAAGAAAAUUAAAAUUUGUGUUGGUUAUUGGAAUUAGGGUUUUGGGGGAUUGAUUGGUCUAGGGUUUGUUUCUGUGGUAUUGUCAUAGGGGGUUUUGAUUUGUGGCCAAGUUUUGGUGUUGCCUAAUGUGAGUGGAGCUUGUGGUGGGUGGGUGCUAGGGGUUCAAUGGGGAGCACGGGUGAGCCAGACCGGAAACGGCGUCACUUUGGCUCCAUAUCACCCACGGCUGCGGCUGCGACUGCUAAGAAGCAUCCCUUCUUGCCCCUUUCCGAAGACAAAAAGCUUGAUAUUACUGUUCUACAAUAUCAAAAUCAAAGGCUUGUACAGAAGUUAGAAUCUCAGAAGGUUGAGUAUUUUGCACUUGAGAGUAAAUUCUCUCAACUGAAGCAGAAGCAGCAACCGUAUGAUUCUACAUUAGCAGUGAUCAAUAAGUCCCUGGACAAGCUGGUUAAUGACUUGGAAUCAUCUUCCAUCUGUACAAGAGAGUUGAAUAUUGAACAAGAUGGCGAACAUCUGCCGAGUAUGGAGGAUGGGGUUUCAUCUACAUUUAAGGAUGCUUUUCUUAGCCGACUCAUAGAAACCGGUGCAACCGAAAAUUCCUCAACAUAUAAUUGCACAAAUCAUAUGAAAGAAGAUAAAGAAACUGCCUUUGAGAAGACUAGGGACAUUUUAUGCAAUAUAGUAUCUGCUGUUGAUAACGUGUGGUAUCUGAAGGAUGGAUUACCUGCUGCAGUGUUGAAGGAACUUCCAGAGGAUGGUUCAUGCAGGCAAAAGGCAUCCCAUGAUUUAGAGAAAGAAGUUAAGAACUUGAGAUUGGAAUUUAGUGAUCUUCAUCUGAAGCACAAAUCACUGGGAAGGGAACUGCGGAGACACCAAGACAUUGAUGCAAAAAGUAAAGCUAGGAUUAAACGUUUAAAAGAGGAAUUGGAGGUUACACUGGCAGAACUAGAAGAAAGUAAUUGCAAUUUAGCAUCUCUUAAAGCACAGAGAGAUGCUGCAAAAGGGGCAUUUUUCCCUAUCUUAAAUCAAGGAAAUAAGCACAUUGCCGGAGAUAGGGUCAAAGAUAAACAAAAAGAUCUGCACGAUAUGGAGUCCACUCUCAAAGAACUAAUGGACCAAGCUUCAUGCCGGCAAAUGGAACUUAAAGGUCUUCAUGAAGAAAGGAUAAAAAUAUUAGAGCAGUUAUCUAGUUUGCAGAACACAUUGAAGAACGUGAAGUGUAUUUCAUCUUCCAAUGCUUACCUCCUGGUGAGAGAUCAAAUAGAAAAUUCAAAAUCAGAAGUUUUGCAGUAUCAGGCCUUAUUUGAAAAACUACAGGUUGAGAAGGACAACCUUGCAUGGAGGGAGAGAGAAUUGAAUAUUAAAAAUGACAUAGUUGAUGUUUUUCGGAGAUCUUCUGCAGUUGCUGAUUCCAGAGCGACUGAUCUGAAGAUAGAGAUACAGAGACAAAUUGAGGAAAGAAAUAGGAUUGAAUCUAAGCUGAAAGAGGAAUCAAGAGAAUCAGGAAGAAAAGAAAUUAUUGCAAAAUUUAAAACCUUGGUUUCUUCAUUUCCUGAGAAAAUGAGCACUAUGCAAAGUGAAUUAAGUAAAUACAAAGAGGCUGCUUCAGAUGUUCAUUCUCUUCGAGCUGAUGUGCAAUCCCUUUCUAGUAUUCUUGAGAGGAAGGUGAAAGAAUGUGAAACUUUGUCUGCCAGAUCUGCUGAUCAAGUUGCUGAGAUGCAAAAGUUACAAGCUGUGGUCCAAGAUUUAAAGGAAAGUGAUCUGGAAUUAAAGUUGAUUUUGGAAAUGUAUAGACGUGAAUCCACUGAUUCAAGGGAUAUCAUGGAGGCCAGGGAUUCGGAAUACAAGGCAUGGACUCAUGUUCAAACUUUGAAAUCCUCACUUGAUGAGCACAAGUUGGAAUUGCGAGUCAAGACAGCAAAUGAAGCUGAGGCUAUAUCCCAACAAAGGCUUGCUGCAGGAGAAGCAGAGAUUGCUGACCUGAGGCAGAAGUUGGAAGCUUCUAAAAGGGAUAUUUCUAGACUUACUGAUGUCCUAAAAUCCAAAAAUGAAGAAAAUGAAGCAUACUUAUCUGAAAUAGAGUCAAUUGGACAGGCUUAUGAUGAUAUGCAGAAUCAAAACCAACAUCUUUUGCAGCAAAUUACUGAGAGAGAUGACUAUAACAUUAAGCUUGUCUUAGAGGCUGUUAGGGCAAGACAGCUGCAGGAUACUUUACUCAUGGGCAAACGAACCAUGGAGAGGGAGGUUCAGCAGGCCAAUGCAUCUCUAUGUUUUUAUGACAUGAGAGCUGCUAGAGUCGAAGAUCAGUUGAAAUUCUGUUCAGAACAAAUUCAGAAACUUGCAGAUGAUAAGCUUCAUAGUUCAUUUUCUUUGGAAAAUACACAAAAGAAAUUGUUAGAUGUGAAAAGAUUGUCUCAGCAAGCAAAGGAGUCACUGGAGGAAUUACAAUCUAAGGUUGAAAGAAGUCGAGCGGCUCUUGUUGGGCUGCAGAUAGAACUAGAGAGAGAAAGGUUUGACAAGAAAAGAAUAGAGGAGGAAUUGGAGGUAGUAAGGAGAAAGGCUUCACGUCUUAGGGAAGAGACAGAGGGCUCAUCAGUUGUCGAAAAGCUUCAGGAGGAACUACGAGAAUAUCGGGAAAUACUGAAGUGCAGUAUCUGCCUGGAGAGAACAAAAGAGGUUGUUAUUACAAAAUGCUACCACUUGUUCUGCAACCCCUGUGUACAAAGAAUUACUGAAAGUCGCCACCGCAAGUGCCCAGCAUGUGCCACAAGUUUCGGGCCUAAUGACGUCAAACCCGUUUACAUCUGACAGGAAACUGAGGAAAACUUUGUUUUCUGCUUCUUGAGGAGGCCUACAAUGCUGUCCUUAGGUGCAUAUGACCUGGUGCACAUGAUCGAAGGCUUGAUAUGUGGAUACCAACAGGUUCACAUGUAUUGUUAUAGUAGAGAAUUGUAGAGAAAUAACAUUGGCAAGAGCCAGUCAAGCUCUUGCCCCGUUAGCAACCAGUGGAAAUCAUCUUAAUUUUGCUGGUUCUAGUUCUAGAUUGUUGAUUUUACAAUUUUUUUUUUUUUUUUUUUUUUUUUUUUUUUGGUUUCUUCGAGUUAUUGUAUUUAUUAUGUUUGUUUUCUCAUUUAACUGUUUGGAGCGCCUGGAAUCUUUCAAUUUAUUGCAGAUUAAUCAGAAUUAGCCCAAUGCUUAUUCCCAGA